AGCAUGUCAUGGGACCUGGGAACAGUUGUAUCUCAUUAAUACAAAAUUACACUUAUUCUGUUCAAUGCCUCAAUCUCCAGAGCCAGCUUAGUAAAUGUUGGAGAUGUACUGGAGGGAUACAAACAGUUAGGAUCUAGUCCUGGGAGUGGACUUUGUACAUGUUAUUUAACAAAACUGAUGUGUAUUACGUGAAGGAUUUGUAUAUUAUUGCAGGCCUCUAACUAUUGUAUGUUUUAUAUUAUGGGCCUUUGCAUUGUCUGCUGAUUCUUACUGGACCAGUCACCAUUGUAGUGUUGGUAUUUGUGUUGUCUACGCCUAUUCUAUGUUAUUUUUAUCUGUUUCACCAGGUGAGGUCGGGGGCUGCAGAUGUUCUGGCUCAGAUUUGAAUGCCCAUAGGUCACGGGCUGAUGGGGAAUUCAGAAAACUCCAUCAUGGAUGCAAGCUUAUUCUUUAAGCUGUGUUGAUACUUUGAAGACGAGGUCAUUGUCCUGCAUCCGUUGCUUAUUAACGUCCACUUGUACCAGCAAAGUUCAUGGAUCCAGUUCGGGUGACCCUUUUAGGCUAAAGCCUGUCCAGGAAUUUCCAUCAAAUGACGGACAGAGCUUGACCAUGUCCUAUGUUUUGGUAAGGCCGGUGAAUAAACAUGCAUAUCGUAAUAUACUAGUCUGUGUUAAUGUAUCGUAACAAUAAAUUAUCCCUCUGAUUUCCCCAUUGAAUGAUUGUCCUUCAAUCCGCAUUCCAAUUACAUGGGCACACCUUCUGCUACAUUCUUUAAAUCAGAGAAAACGAAAGCAUUAAGUUCAUUGUGUGGCCAGCCCUACACCCUACAGAGCUAUCUAAUAAGGGAACUUGUCUGAAUCGUUUUCGAUUGUGUGUCUUAACUUCACAAUAUCUCAAACAUGAUGAAUCCCGCUGCCGUUUAUCCUUAUCCUCCUGGCAAUCCAAUAGGUAUGCCUGUUUACCCACAAGGCGUGGCCCAACCUCCAUUCGCAAUCCCUGGUUUUGUAGCAGCGCCUAUUUACCAACAAGGCCCAGCACAACCUCAGUUCCAAAGCCCCGUUCAGCAGCAGCCAGCUGUUGCUCAAAAUACAGCAGUAAAUGUCAAUUCUCCAGUGGCCACCACAAGCCCUGGUUUUGUAGCAGCACCUAUUUACCAACCAGGCCCAGCACAACCUCAGUUCCAAAGCCCCGUUCAGCCGCAGCCAGCUGUUGCUCAAAAUACAACAGUACAGGUCAAUGCCGCCCCUGUUCAGCAGCCGCAGCAGCCUGUUGUCCAGCAUACAAACAUCUGCAUCGAUUCAGGGAACCUUCAAGGUCAACCAAGGGGCCCUGAAUUAAAAAAUGUCGUGGUGGUAGGGCCGGCGGCAGGGGGGAGACCAGUACGGACAAAAUGUGCCCUUUGCGAGGCCACCUGUGUCACUAGUGUCACCUACAAGAAUGGUGCACUCACAUGGAUUCUGUGCGGUGUGCUAGCAAUAUUUCCAAUAUGGCCACUCUGCUUGAUCCCGUUCUGUUGUGAUAGCUGUAAGGAUGUGGAACAUCGCUGUCCCAACUGCCAAAAUGUUGUGCAUGUACAUAAACGCAUUUAAAGGUGACUGUCAUAGACCUCAGCAGCAAGACACUUACUGGAACAGUAUGCGAUUCCUUCUAAAUCAUUAUAGCAAUAAUGUUUAUCUAUGUAGCCCUUCAUAUUAAGUGGCAUAAAUUCGAUGGUCUGUGUCAACUGUUGAUUGAAUUGUCCAGGUUUACAAAGACACAUUGGUUGCAUAUUGGGGAGUUUUAAUUCACACUGGUUAACAUAAUCAUAACUUUUAUUACUGAAAAGCACUUUAAAUCUGAUGAUUUGCUUAUUCUUUGAAUUUGUAUGCACUUAAAUGAUUCUAACACUUUUUGGCAUACAUCUUGACUGUUAAAUGCACUUUCUGUAAGUCGCUUUAGACUGAAGCGUAAUACAAGGAAUGCCGUCUGCGGUAGAAACAGGAAAAUUCAGCUUACAUAUUUCAGGUUUGAGGAUGCGUUCAGGCCAUCUAUGGAUCUUGAGGAGACAAAGUUCCUAAACAGGUUCUCCUUGCUCUGUGAGCAUUGAUGACACACUGAAGGGAAUGUUUUCUCGGAAUUGACACUGGGUGUGUGGGUUAUUGUUGUGUUGUGUUCAUCUGCAGCAUUGACUGCAAGCCAGUGGUUCUCAACCUUUUUAUUCUUGUGUACCCCCUUAGCCUUUUUGUCAUACCAUGCGCACCCCCUCACUCAUACAUGUUGAUCAUUCUUCAAAAGUAGAAAAUAACACAACUGAUUAUUGAAUGGAAAAUCAUUUUAUUUCAUCUCCUUAACUUGAACAUGUAAUUCUCUGGCAUUUUCUUAAUUUUACUCAAAUGAAUAAUAAAAAUAAAUAAUAUGUUGCCUUGAAAAUAAAAAAGUAAUAUAAACAAAUAAAUAAAAACGAAAUCAAAACGAUCAACCUGCCUUUCUAUAUAACUCUCGUAGCAUCAACCACAAAAACUGGAGAUCCUUUAAAUAAGUCCCAUUUUAACAGAAAUGUCCACUCUAAACAAGAAGCACUGAGGCUGCGGUGGUUCCGCAGAAGUAUAAGUGAAUCGAUAUAAACAUAGUUUUCACUGUACUGCC